UCUGCCCUGGGCAAGGGUCUCGGCUUCUCUUUUUCCCAUGUUUUUUCCUCCCCAGUGCCCUUUCUGCCAGCAGCCAUCUUGGCCCCCAGUCCUGUGCAGGUCAGCACUGCCCAAGGAGCAUGGCGGGAGGCCAGGCCUGGCAGCUCUCCCUGCCCGGCUGCCCAGCUCGCUGCUCUGGGAGGGCCCUGCACAACUCCGACCCUCCAGGAUCCUUCCCUGGGGCAGUCUCAGGUUCGGAGCUUUUGUUGCGCUGCUGCCCCUCAGCCCUUCUACCUGUCCUGCCUCCCUUGCCCAGGUCUGGAGCUUGCUUGGACACGACCACAGCUCUUCCCACCAUGACAUCAGCAAGGACUGCUUGCUGGGACAGCUGCUGGGACGUCUCAUUGUUUGCUGGACUAGCAAGAUCUGGGCGAUCCAGCAGGAGGCUUUGGUUGCUCUUCAUCACCUCUCCAUAUUCAUCCAGCACCAAAAAUGCAUGACGUCACCUCAACCAGACAAUUGUCAUGAUCAUCCAGAGCAUCCCCAGGCUGGAGGGAAGAGGGAAGCAGGGAAACCCUCCUGUCUUUCUCUGUGCAGCACGAUUAGCAUGGCAAAGGUAAUGAGCUUCUUCCUUGCUGGGCCUCUUGUCUGGGGCAUCAGAACGAGACUGGUGCAAGCAAAGGGAUCCAGAACCAGCGGGCUUGGCAUGACCUCACUGUCCCUGGUCAGAGGGUUGCUGCUGUUCUGGAGCAGGGACUUCAGAGGGCUGCACUCCAGGGUCCCUCCUCUCUCACCUAGGGACCUCUCUUCUUAUCCUCUACUCCGCAACGACUGCAGCCCCUGCUGCCAGCUUUCCCGUGGGUCCUCUCGCCAGAGCUGCUCUCACUGCCCAGCUGAGCAGCACUAUCAGGGCACUCAGUGUAACACGUCUUCCCCGCCUUCCUCCUUCCUGCAGGCAUUUGAGGAAUACCUCCACCCUGCUGAUAAGACAGUCAUCAUCCUCAGGGCCAUACAGGCCAUGAGAGACUCAUGCGUAUGUGACAAGGAAGAGUUGAUCAGCGUCCUGAACGUGGCCAUGACAGAACCUGCCUCCUGGCUGACAGAGGUAAGCAGCCUGUGGCUGCCCUGUCCUCCAGUCCUUCCAGGCACUGUUCCUCCCUACAUCCCAUCUCCCCUCACCCAGGUGCUUCAGGCACCUUGAAGCCAUUUCAUGCCAGUAGAGUAGGAUGGGAAGGGCAGCUGUUUCAGCAGCAGCUGAGGAAAUGGCUGCAGUCUGGUGGCAGCACCACCCUCACCC